AUGACAUCGACGACUGCUUCGUGGCCCUCCAAAGUCUACAACGCCUCGUCAUCGAGCCUUUCGAGUCUCAAGCUCCGACACUCGGCCUUCAUCCACGCCACGAGCGCCACCAAGGCGUCCGUCGUCGUGCGCUCGCAGUCCGACGGCUUUCUCAGCGCCUUUGACGUUGACGAAGACGACGGCGUGCUCGGCGUCAACGGGCCCGCUUGGUACGCCAAUCCGUUCCAGGUUAGCUCCACCAAGUACAUUGUCGACGUCUAUGUGCCGUCGCAGUCGCUCGCCGCCGUCACCAUGACGGGCUCCGGCAGCGCGAUCAUGGACCCGUUCACAGUUGUCAACAGCACCGACGCCGCGCUCUCGCUCGUCGUUUCGGGUUCGGGCCAGCUCUUUCUCUCGGCGCCGUCCAUCGCGCUGCGAGACCUGACGCUCAAGGUCCCAGGCUCCGGUUUGAUCCAGUUCAAUGUCCUCGACACCACCGUGGCGUCACGAGCCGAGCUCUCGAUCUCGGGCUCCGGCGACGUUGCGCUGCUUGGGAGCACUCUCCGCAUGGACACCAUCAAGUCGUCCGUGAGCGGUUCGGGCACGGCGUACGUCGGCGCGUCGUCCGUCGUGAACGCGACGACCGUCUCCACGUCCAUCUCAGGUUCGGGCGCCAUCAACUUUUACAGCACCGGAUUCUGCGCCACCCAAGACAUUUCGAUCUCGGGCUCCGGCCAAGUGAACGCCGGGGCGCUAGCGUGCGACGCCAACUCCGUGAGCAUCUCGGGCAGCGGCAAGGUCUACGCGCGCGCUCUCAAGUCCUUGAAAGCCUCCACGUCCGGGUCGGGCGACAUUUACGCCGUUGCACCGUUGCCAGCGACGAUCACAGGUUCAAUCUCGACGGUGACGACGCCGCCCGUCUCGACCUUUGCGCUCCAGAGCCUCCCGGCGUACGAGCCGUCGAGCAAUUUCCAGUUUGGUUUGUUCUGGAGCGUCCUCAUCCUGCUUGUGAUCACGGCGCUUGCGACCUUUUGCAUCCGCAAGUGCUGCAAAGCAGGUUGUUGCUGCUGCUGCCGCCGCCGCCCACCGCCGACGACGCCAGCCACGAGCAUCCCGAUCGUUGUUGUCGAAGAUCCCGCGAAUGUGCACUACAACGCCGCGAUGACGCCGGUUCAAGCGCACGCAGCCAAGCAAGUGUAG